UACUAGAUGGCGCUGUAGUUUUUGUCAUUCAUUAAUGGCGUAUUUUAUUUACAGUUAUGAUGUUGAAACAUAACUGUUAUGUAUGAAUGUGUGUGCGAUUAGUUACUGAAAUUAGGGCCAGCUACCAUAAAAUCCACCUAAUUCCAGGAUGGUGACUUUGAAGAAUGGACGAUAAAAGAGUAGCUGACUACUUUGUGGUUGCUGGGCUGCAGGAUAAUGCUUCUCCUUUGGACGAAUCCUCUCGGGAUGGAAUUACUCCUAAAACGACACAUCCUUUAGUCCCAAUUACAGAUGUUACUGUCAUUAUACGUAGUCAAGGGGAAACCAUACCCAAAGGUUUUACUUGCAUAGAGUAUACACCAUCAAAUUUUCCUGCCGAUCUCAAUCAUGGAAGUAUACGAAGUCCAAAUAUAUAUUUUUGUUACAGACGUGGGAGGGAUAAACCACCUUUGGUGGAUGUUGGGGUUUUGUACGAUGGUAAAGAAAAAAUUAUGGCAGAUAGUGAGGUAGUUUUAACUACACCGUAUGGCCGUUCAGCUAAUGUGAACAAUAGUGGCUCAAAAACAUUUAUUACAUAUCGAAGAGCACAUGAGAAUGCUCCAUGCAAUCAACUUGUUGUCACAGAUAUUUGCAUCAUUCUUGCCAACAAGGGAGAAAAUCCACCUCAUGCAUUUUGUAAAAUAGAUAAAAAUUUAAAUAAGGGGGUGGUCGGUUCAGAUGUUUUCUUAUGUUACAAAAAGUCAAUGAACAGACCAGAUCUUCUAUCUUAUAAACCUGGUAUUCUGGGCAGAUUUCCGCUUGAUGAUUAUGAAAAUUUCGCUCUACCUCCUUCAGUUCCUCUUUUUUGUUUACCUAUGGGAGCAAAUAUAGAAUGCUGGCCAAAAAAAGCCCAGCAACCCAAACCAGUAUUUUCUACAUUUGUUCUUACUUCUUAUUCAGCUGAAAAGGUCUAUGGUGCUGCUGUAACCUUUUAUGAACUCUUUCCUGAACUAAAGCUGAAUAAGGCCAUGAAAUCCCAUUUAAAUUAUGUAACUGAAGAAGACAAGAAAAAGAAAUGUUUACAAACAAAUAAAUCUAUAUGCUUGUUAUCUAGAUGGCCAUUCUUCGACACAUUUGAAAAAUUUCUUCGAUACUUGCAUCGCAUGUCCAUUUCAGGUCCCCACAAAGUUCCUUUAGAAAGAAUUAUUUCUCAUUUUAUGCUUGAAGUUCCUUUCCCAUCUGUACAAAGACCUAGGAUUUUAAUUCAGCUAGCUGAUUAUACCAUUACACUUGCACAACCUGGUGAUACUCAACUUCCCCUGACCGGUGCAUCAUUUAUUCAACUGUUAAAGAACUUGGGACCAGAUAACUGCCUUAAAAUUCUCCUUUUUGCCCUCACCGAACAAAAGAUUCUUUUUCAUUCACUUAGACCAGAUGUGCUCACAAGUGUUGCUGAAGCUGUUGUCAAUUUAAUAUUUCCAUUUCAUUGGCAAUGCCCCUACAUACCUCUUUGCCCUCUUGGUUUAUCAGAUGUCUUAUGUGCUCCGGUGCCAUUUUUAGUUGGGGUUGAUUCUAGAUACUUUGAUUUGUAUGAUCCUCCUCAUGAUGUCACAUGCAUUGAUCUUGAUACUAAUACAUUUCUGAUUUCGGAAGAAAAAAGACACCUUAAUACAAAGUUAUUUCCAAAGCGUCCUGCACGUAUACUGAGGAACACACUGCAAACAUUGUAUGGUAAACUUGUGUCAACUCGCUGCUCAUCAAAUUCAUCCUUACUCUUAGCUAGCAAUUCUGCUCAAAUUGAUUAUGAUUUUAAAGCUAAGAAAAAUGAACGGCAACUUGAGUUGGAAAUUCAAGAGGCUUUUUUGCGUUUUAUGGCUUCCAUUCUUAAAGGCUAUCGCCAAUAUCUUCUACCCAUUACAACUGCUCCAACAAUUGGGACUACAGAUCCCAAUUCAUUAUUUGAUUUAACUGGUUUUUUAAGAAGCCGAGACAAAGCAUAUGGAAGAUUUUUCUCUUUAGUAAUGAAAACUCAGAUGUUUAUACGUUUUAUUGAAGAACGUUCAUUUGUUUCUGAUAAAGAUGCCAGUUUAGCAUUUUUUGAUGAAUGCACUGAAAAAAUUGAUUCAUCUGACAGUAGUGAUUCCAAAUUUUUAGAAAUUGAUGAAUCUCAAACUAGUGAUCGAACUGUGUUUGUAGCUCCUCCAGAACCUGUUGGUUUACCUGUUGGGCUAGAGUACAGGUAUAAACAAUUUGGUGUACUGAAACCACAGUUGUUCCAUAAAAAUCCUGCCAAGUCUCUUCUGAAUCUAAUUGCUCAAGCUAGUCCUAUGCCAAAUAGUCCAAUGGCUCGAAGAAGCAAGCAAGAAAUUAGAAGUGCUCAGAAGAUAGCCAGAAAACAUUCUGAAACUCCUGUGAUGUGGGCAAAGUGCCUAGUUGGGUAUUGUGUCAGUUUAUGGUUUAUCCAUCUGCCCUCCUUUGCCAAAAGCUCGCCAUCUAAAAGUAAUGCUCUUAGAUUGGCUUUUGAUGUUCUAGUGCAGAUACAGAAAUAUAAAAUUUGUCAACCAGAUGAGGUAUGUUACCGUGUUCUUAUGUUGCUGUGUGGUUUAUAUAGUCAGCCUACUUUAGCAGUUAAAGUAUUAUUUGAAAUGAAGCGUCAUGGUGUGCAGCCAAAUGCUAUUACUUAUGGUUAUUAUAACAAAGCAGUAUUAGAAAGCAAAUGGCCAGCUGCUGAUACUAGUAGUACUCUUAUGUGGAACAGGCUGCGAAAUGUAAUAAUGGGCAUUGCUCAAUUCAGGCAAGGUUUGAAAAACAAAGCAAGACGUUCACUAUCACUGUGUUCAGAAAGUGAAUUGGAUCGCUUGAGUAGGACAAGUACGGAAAGUAGCAAUCCUGAUGAUAUAACUGUUGUGAGAAUUGGCAAUCCUGCUGAAUUUGUGCCAGAACUAAUCAAACUCUCUGAUGAUCAAAAUAAUUCAGAUGAACUAUCAGAUCGUGGUUAUAGCUCUAUGAAUCAUGUUGAUGGCAUAAAACCAUCUCCUGUUUCUGAGAUUGAAACAGACAAUGGCAUUAAAAAAUUAAACUCGGAACCACCACCAACUUCUGACUGUGAUAAUCAAAAAUGUGUUGGUGUGAAGUGUCCCGUUGCACGAAGAUUAAAAUUCCAAGAAAUAGAUUUUUCUGCUUCAGAUGAUUUCAGAAGUCGUGUUGGAAGCAUUGUCAAAAGUUCAGCAUCAAGUAUUGGCAGCCUUUCUCAACUUCAGGAAUGUGCAGUUGAUAGCAGUGCUGGCAUUCUAAUGACAAGCAGAACAUCCUUGGUAGAUGAGAUACGGAUUUCUGAUUGGGAACCAGAAACUCGGAAACGCCACAAGAGUGCUGGUGAUUGCAAUUGCCAUUCAUCUUGUUACUUGCGGUCUCCUAAUAAACCUCUGAAUGAAGUAACUGAAGAAAGUACAUUAAAAACACCAUUUUUCAGAUCUUAUAGUUUUGGAAAUGAUGCUCAGAUCAUUCGUAAAAUUCGAGCUGCUAAAGACCCCUGUGAACCCCUUGCUAAGUGGAUUGAGUCCCCACUUAAGAAAGGUUUGUUUGAUAAAAAAAGAGAAGACAAGGAGAAGGUCUCAAAAAAUUGUGGUUUAACACGUUGUGAUGAGGAGCCUGAAACUGAACAAGAUGUUCCUGGAACAUUACAUGCUAUAAAACUGUUACGGCCGAAGUCUCCUUGUAUUCCAAUAGAGAAACAACGCAAGAUAUCUGAGGAAUCAAAGCACAGUGUAAUUUCUAGCCUUUCUUCUGAAGAUGGAUCUACUUCCAGUGCUGCAGAUGACAAGAAUACAGAUGAAAAUCUUUCUACUUCAUCCCAAGACUUUUUGUCAUCUACUUUUACACCUAUUAAAGAAGCUUGGCUAAAUUGGGAUUUUGCCAAUAGUGCUAUACCUCGAGUGGCAUCUAACAUCACUACAACUUUUGGCAAUGUGUAUCGUGAAUCAUUCCGAAGAAAGCAAGGUAAUAAAGUGGCUCGGAGUUCAACUUUUCACAGUGGUGCCAGGAACUCUGUACCCAAAUUAAAGCCUCGAAAAGAAGGCUUGGCCAAAUUAAGUUCUGAUGAUGUUGGCAAUAAGUCUAUGUCCAGGUCAUCAACUUUACCCAUUUCUCCUAAAGUAUCUCACUCCUCAGAAAGUGAUUUGACUGGUUCUCCUUUUGGAAUUUCUCGUCUGACUGGGAGACAUUCAGAGGUUCUUUUUGAUAGCUUAAAGUCUGCAGUUACAUCAGUUUCUUCCAAACUAAAUGAAUUCAGAAGCUCCUUAUCAGCAACCAAUACUCCCACUAAAAAUGCCUUCUCCUCUUCUUCUCAACACGACAUAGACUUAAUCUUAUAUGAUGAUGGUGAACUAGGAGGAUUAACAUAUGAUGGCUAUCGAAUCAGCAUGGAUUGUGCAAAUUUGAAUGAUAUUAGCUGUUCUGUAUUCACUCCUGACCAUGGAAGAGAGAGAACACCUGGCAGAUUUGACCAUAGAGGAAGCUUACCUCAUGUUGUUAGUGCUCCUGUUUUUUCAUCACAAGUAUUUGAGAUGUUUGAAAAACAAAACUUGGCUUCUAAUGAUGGUUCUGGUACUCAAAAAAUUGCAAUUGACAUAACUAUGACCACUUGUUCACGUUGCUUCACUUGUUCCUCCCUGUUGUAUGAUGAAGAAAUCAUGGAAGGAUGGAGUGCUGAUGAAUCCAACUUAAAUACACAAUGCACUUUUUGUAAAGCAAAACUUGUCCCUCUUCUGUCUAUAUUUAUUGAAGAUUUCAGAUGGAAUGGUGUGGAUGAAAAUGACACUAAUUCCCUUCGCUCAGCUGACAGUCUAGGCAGUAUUUCUCCCAACAGUAAUCCUGAUACUCUUGCCAACCGUCCAGAACCUUUAAUUGAAAAAGAUCUUCAUGUUGCUACAAACAUUGACUCCAAUCAUAAUGCAUUUAUUCUUCUUGAAGAUGAAUUAGAAUAUGAAAACCGCCCAAAGAGCUGUGAAGAAAACAAUACAAAGAAUCAGCUGGAUGAAAAUAAAAAUCCUUCCCUCCAGAAACAGAGUGAGACCAAAAAACGCUCUCUGGCUGAGAUUGAUCCCAUCACAGUGCCUUAUCUGAGUCCAUUGGUUCUCAGGAAAGAAGUGGAAAAUGUCCUGGAACAUGAAGGUGACAACUGUAUGACCAAGCCAGAAUUUGUAGAUCAGCAUCCUAUUAUAUACUGGAAUCUGGUCUGGUUUUUUAAGCGUAUUGGUGUUACAAGUCAUCUUUCUAGUCUGAUUUUGUCUUCUGAAUCAACGACUAAAGGGAAAAAGAUUCCAAAGGAAUGGUUAAAAGCUGACAGCAAAAAUGUUUCUGUUCAUUGUGUUUGGGAUAAUGUGAAAUUGCAUGAGGAUAUGGGACAGCCAUUUUAUUUGCUAUGGGCUCAACAAGAAAUUGGUGAACAAUCAUCCCUAGUGACAGCACUUUUGACAGAUGAGCAUCAGGCAUCCAGAAAUGUUUUGAAGCAGAUUCUAGGUCGACUCCAGUGCAAUGAUCUCUAUUCCCCUAUUUGUAUGCUUAUGAAUGAACGAAAGAAAGGUCCUCAGAGGAAGCAUCAUCACAGCAUUUACAGAGAAAUAUUGUUUCUUUCAUUUGUUGCUAUUGGGAGAGAAAAUAUUGAUAACUUAUCUUUUGAUUUAGAAUAUCGGAAAUCUUAUUCAAAACUCUCGAACAAACAGUUAUCACAACUGCAUGUAAAUGACAGACCUCCAGCUGAAGGAGCCGUGUUUUGUCGUCGUUAUUUCAAAGAUCUGGAGUUGAAAGUUGAAUAAUUGGAAAUAACUAUAUACAUAUACUCACCAAUCUGCUUCAUAAGACUGAAUUUUUAUGCAUUUUAUUAUGUAUGAUUGUUUGUGUUUUGUUUUAAAGUUGUUUUCCUUCUAGAAAGGGAAUUUUUUGUUCUUUUCUAGCAUUUCAAAGUAUAUUUACAAUUUUCUUCUUCCCCCUCCCCAUUACUGCUUGUUUUAUGAAAUGAAAGUUUUAUUUAAUGAUGUUUGUUUUACCAAUCUAUGAAAGUUUAUGUAGAAAAGUUUUGCUUCGUUUUGAAAUUAUUCUCUGCUGUAUUUAAUUUAGUAAUUAUUGUUGAAAAAUAUAUUUUACAGGUUGAACUGUAAAAAAAAAGUAUUAAAAAAACAAUCAAAAUGGUGGAUUUUUGAAAUGUAAUCACUUUGACAAAAUGUGCACUUUGUAAAAAUUGUACAUAAUUUGUAAGUUUCAGAUUGUUGUGUUGUUUUUCCGGUUUAAAUUUUUAGAAUUUUUUAAUUUUGUUAGUUACUGAAAUGUAUUAUCUUCCCCAAAAAUGUAUAUUUUUAAUAAAAUAUGCCUUAAGUAUACUAAUUUAAGUUUUAAAAAUUGUAUAUAUAUAAAUAUAUAUUUAUAAUAAUGAAAUCACCUUUUGGUUUAUUUGUUAAAAUGUUGAACCUAAUCUUAUUGAGCAAUUAUUGUAUGAUAUAAAAAUUCUUCAUGUGCUUAUCAUUUUAUCAAAUUUAUAAUUUAUGAAUUUUUGAUAUUUUUAUAAACUAAGUUCAUUUAAAGCAUGCUCUUUAUAAUAACUAAUGAAAAUUACCUUUUAUGUAUUUGUCUAGUAUAACAAAGAGAGAUGAAAGACUAAUUACUUUAUCAUUAAUUAUAAACUAUAAUAAUAGCAAACUAAAAGUUUUGCUGCUUGCUUUUAAUUUUAUUGAAAAUUUGAUUUGAUCAACAAAUAAAAGUAGUGUUCGAAUGACUUAACCAAGUCACCAAACUUGUUUUAAUGAACUAAUGAGUGUGUUUUUACACAUGUAUAUUCUUGUCAAAUAUGUUUAAAAAAAUAUUUAAAUAACACUUCUAUAUCAACAAAACUAAAUUAAUGAAUUAAUUUUCUGAAUACACUCUUUUAAGAUAUCAUCUCAAAAAAAGUUUUAAAAGAAUUGUUAUAAAUAUUUUUAAAGUUAUGGUAUUAACCCAAUUGCUUUUUUAGUUUCUUUAUUUUCAAAUUGUUUAAUUUAAAAUUAUUUGAGUUUUAAUUCAGUCAAAUGUUUUAUGAAGUACAAAUAACACAGGGAACUUGUAAAUGCAAUAACUGUACUCUCUAAUACUUUUCAUUUUUACAAUCCAUCUUUGUAGAAAGAAUAACCUGGAUUAUUUACAUCUUUAAAAUAUUUCUAGUUAAAGAUAUGCAUGGCAUUAUGCCAUUGUAAAAAUUAGUAUUUUAAAAAAAUUGUUUUAUGUAAUGCAGUAAGUAGAAUCUUAAAAAAACUGUUGUAGAAUUAAUUUUGUUACCUUAAAAUAUUGUGCACUGUUUUCUUCUCUAUCCAUGCAUGUGUUAUCAAAACAACAUCAUUCAUGAAAAAUUAUUGUAAACUAUGAAUUUGAUUAUAGGAUAAAAUAUGUCUUUUAAUUCUAAAAUGAAACUGCACUAAUUUUUAAAAAAAUAUGCACCUGUUUCAAAAAUUUUUGAAACAUAUGUGUCUAGUAAUUUACAUUUUUAAAAUAACUUUUAAAAUUGCUCCAUUUCAGUUAUUGUUGCAAAGAUUGUACAUAUAGUAAUUUAUUGAAUUACCAUACAUUGUGAUCUCCUUUACCUUCAUUCAUAUGUAUAUUGCGUCCAACAGUAUUGCCUAAAAUGCUGGAUUUUACUGGUGUCAGUACACUACAAAAUUUUAAUUACCUUCAUCUAUGUAUUGCUAUAUAAGUGUAAGUAUUAGUUGAAAUAUUUAUUGAAGAAAAUGUAUCAAAAUGUUAAGGGGAAAAAAGUUUUUAAUUAUUAGACUGGGCAUUCUAUUGACGAUUUGAACUGAUUUAAGAGAGAAUUAUCUGUAUAUUUGUUGAUCAAUUCUAAUUGUAAAUAAACUAUAAAGAAAUGUA